UAGGACUGAAGGCAAAGGUCAACCUCCUUUCAUUGAGCGAAUUGGUUAUGAACGUGGAGACGAUAAACCAAUUAUCUUCACACAAGCUAUUAAUGGCCUAUUUUGCUAUUGGCUCCAAUCUCGUGGCCUUUCUCUCUGCAACUUGUACACUGGUGAAACAACUCAGCUCCCACUCCCUCGGAUUUGCUUCGGUACCCCACUCGCUCGUUUCCAUUUUGGAUAUGAUCCCUUCAGUGGCUCGUACAAGCUGCUCAUACUUAAUUACAUUGGUACCGAGCUACAUCAUCUUGUUGCAAAGAUUCUCACCAUAGGAGUGGACAUGACUAAUAACUCGUGGGAAGCAGUGGUCAGGGAUGUUGGAGUUCAGACAGAUGAUCCACUAAGUAUUUGUAUUGAUGGAAUCCUGUAUUGGCUUGUCUAUAUAGAGGAGAAAGUUUUUAUAACUGCAUUGUAUCUAAAUGAGUAUAGGUUUUGUUGGAUCAUCCUACCAGAUACAUGUACAUGUCUAUCAACUUUUCAACCAAUCAAAUUGAUAAAGUUCCAAGGGAAGUUUGGCCUUGGGAUGUCUGGAAUAUUCGUCAGCCACUACUGAGCCAUGGAAACAAAGAAAGUUGGAACUAUGGGAACUUGAAGACGGACAAUUCAAUAGGUGGAUUGAACAUUCCAUCACCUUACCAGACGAACUGGUUAGCUGUAAUAGAUAGAGCUGGUGCAGUUUUGGCAAGCUUUCAACAGUAUACAACAGCGACUCGCUUGAAGCUUUACUAUGCAAACCCCCAACUGAUGAGCUUGACUAUGCAAACCCCCAAUGAUGUCGUUAUGCAGCGUUUCAAACGCCUGUGAGCCCAAGGUUAUAUAGGAUGAAAGAUGCACUGGAUUCUGUAAAAGAUGAACAUGGGUGUGAGACACAAGUGAGCCUAUCAUGGUGC